GCCAAGAUAACCAAGAGGAAACGAGAAUUAAAGAAAGCCAAGAAAAGCGAGAAUGAUAUCAAGCAAAUCAUUUCUGACGAAAUCACAAAGCCGUUAACCCAAUUGAAGCUUUUCCUUGCCUCCGGUAAUACACAGAAUAUGCCAGCAAACCAUUUGGACGACAAGGGCAUCAAACUUAUUAAAGAAUUAUUUGGUACUUACGAAUCGCGUUGCGAAUUUAUGAAAGCAAGUAUAUAUUAUGACUGUAAGGAACAGUCUUUGAAGCACCUUAAAGCAUAUUACAAUAUGGCAAAGUACUGUGAAGAAUUAAGCUGCAAAUCAUUCAUGUGUUUCCCGCUCCGUCGAACGUAUGUGCCAUGCUAUAUGACGAUUGAUACGUUGAUCGUGAAUAAUCAUAUUCUGCAUAAUACAAAUAGAUCUAAUUUAGACAAGGGCUUCAUUUGGAGCCAAAUAGUCAGCCUCUCAUCGAAGGGUAUGAAGGAUCAAGGUGCUUCGAAAUCUUUAAAUCUGAUGGGGGUAGGCGUGUCGAUGUUGAAGCAAAAUAAAGAGAGUACAAAGGGUGGUACGCGUGGUACCAGACUAGAAGAAGACGACAACUUUCGAUACAUACACCAGUUAUCCAAAACUGAACUCGAGGAAACUACCGGAAGAUGUGUCCUUAUUGAUACUGGACGGAGAGAUAUGCUCUAUUGCAUGCAGGAGAAUAGUGAAUCUGGAAAAGACAAACACACCUAUAGAUACACCAGCAACCAGUGUGCGGUUGAGACGAAAAAAAGAAAAUUUAGGAAACUAUGCGACAUAAAAAAAACCUACGUCAGUGAAGGAGCAUGAAAACUAUCUAUCAAGAUUUCCAGCAUCAGCAAUCAAAGUAGACAAGUUCCCUGACUAUCUCAAAGCACAUUCUAUAGUUAAAGAUCCACUUCGAGAGCACUACUCAAACGAAAACAUACCCCACAAAAAUGCUGAUCUGCUUCCCUUUCGCAAGUUGAAAUUAUCAUCUAUCAUA